CAUUCUGGGGUCUGAUGGUGGGGCUGGUGGUCGGUGUGUGUCGGAUGGUUCUAGAAUUUGCAUUCCCGCCUCCUCGCUGUGGUAUCCAAGACGACGCCCCGUCAGUGCUGCGCUCCGUUCACUACCUUCACUUCGCCAUCAUCCUCUGCUUCCUGUCUGCUGCCGUUGUCAUAGUGAUAUCACUGCUGACUCCGCCCCCCACUGAAGAGCAGGUGCGUAACCUGACGUGGUGGACUUUGACUCAGGAGGAAGAGGGAGAAAUACCACUCCAGAAAGUCUCCUCUGUCAGCCACCGAGCAGAGACCCCAGGUCCACGUUCUGCUCAGUGCGGAGGGCGGUCUGCGGCCACGGGGCGGGGCUCUGCAGCUCAGCGGAGGGGCCAGCAGAGGAGGUUCCGUUACCCAGAAUCCCCAGC